UCGUAUGCAUGGUUAAUUUUUAAUUUCUUGAGGACGAGGGCAUAAUCCUCCUCGAAGAAUAAAAAAAAAAAAGAAAAAGAAAGGAAGAAAUUUGUUGUGGAAGAUCAGGAUGACGAUCGAAUGCUUCCAUGAGUCGCUCCGAUCGAAUUGAUAACAGCGAGGCAACAUAAACGAUCGCUGUUUGGACGGAGCCUGAAGAAAAACCUGGAAUCGCUUUCCCAGAAGGAAGAAGAAGAAGAAGAAGAAGAAGAAUCAAUACUUGAGGUCUUGAUGUUCGAUUUCUAGAUAAAAGGGUAAAAGGAUGGAUCCAGAGCAAACGUUUAUUCGAGUUCAAGAACGGUUUUCACAGAUGCUGACUCCCAAAGUCAGAGCCACUCUCGAGUAUAUGAACCUCUGUAUUGCUAUUACCUUGUUCUGUAUUCUCGUGGUUAUGCACGCGAACUACGUACAACAGCCUGGUUGUUCAAGUGAGCUCUCUGGAGUUGAGACAACAGAAGCCCAACUUAUUCAAAUUAAGAUAACUACUGCAGGCCUGUGGUCACAAAAUGACUCUGAGCUUAAUAUUGAAGAUAUCCCUGGUGGGGAGACUGUAAGAGAGAAUUUGGAAGUUGCAAAUGAUGAAGACGAAUUGACAUUUUUGGCUGCCAAAUUUUGGUUAAAUUGGUUUGGUUCAGGUGCUAGAAGGGGUAAGUAUGCACCCAAGAUCUGGAAAUCAGAUACAGAGAUUCUAGAGCAUCAAGCAGAGUGUACUGGUGUGGAUCAAUGCUCGAAAGCAGCAGUUGAUGACACAGUUAUCAAGCUUGACAAAGAGGAGCUCCACAUUAGUUUUCUGAUAUCAGUCAAGGAGACUUUUAAGGCGGCGAUCGUUCACUUCGGUAGAAGGUGGCACCGACGAAUUUUAUUUAUUUGCAGACAUACAAAGCAGAUCCUGAACAGCUUGUGGAAGCUAUCAAAUGUUGCAGGAAUAAGUUUGAAUCUCGAUGUCUCCAAGUGGUCACACAUUCUUCAUCUGGAAGGGCUCCGGUCUGCUGCAGUGCAAUGGCUCGUGAGAAGAAGUAAAAUUUUUGAACCGACGUACUUGUAUACUAGGGAAAAGGGAUAUUUUUUAUUGCCAGAAGGAGCUAAAUCUAGGCACAAUAUACAAACAGUUAAUAUAAGUAUACCAGCUCAACAUUCUUGCUUUGGAAACAGAUGGCAACAACUUCUCAUAAACAGAUUUGUUGGGUAUGAUACAAUCUUGAUGAAUAGUUUACUGACCUUUCCCGGUCAAGGCUAUCUUUACAAUUACCAAACGAAGGAGUUUUACAAUCUUAGCUAUGCAUUUGAGCCGCCAGAGGGUCCUGCCAGAUUUGGAGAUUACUUUGUGACGAAGUGUGGUGUGCUUAUGAUGUCUCUCUUCGUUUUCUUCACUACUACUAUGUCGGUGUCAUUUACAUUGAGGGAGACACAGACUCGCAUGUUGAAGUUUACAGUGCAGCUUCAACACCAUGCUCGACAUCAACUCCCAACGUUUCAGUUGAUCUUUGUGCAUGUAAUUGAGUCACUUGUCUUUGUUCCAAUUAUGAUCGGUAUACUAUUUUUCCUGUUUGAGUUUUAUGACGAUCAGCUCUUGGCUUUCAUGGUCUUGAUCCUGGUGUGGUUAAGUGAAUUAUUUACACUUAUUAGUGUUCGGACUCCGAUAUCGAUGAAGUUUUUCCCCCGCUUUUUUCUGCUCUAUUUUCUGGUUUUUCACAUUUAUUUCUUCUCAUAUUCUUAUGGUUUUUCAUAUUUGGCUCUUUCGACUACUGCAGCCUUUAUGCAGCAUUUGAUUCUCUAUUUUUGGAACCGCUUUGAGGUACCGGCUUUGCAGAGGUUCAUGCAAAACAGACGAUCUCAAAUACAUCAUCCAGACUUCCAUAUUACCUCUUCUACUAUUCUUGCCUCCACGUUGCAUAUCACAAGGUUAAACACUAGAAAUCCCAGUGCACCUAAUGCAGAUCCAAACUCUGGACCUGAUCCAAGGCCUGCGCCUGAAACCAUGCCCAAUGGAUCCAGAGGUGUGACCGAAGAAGUUCCUCGACCUCAAGAGCGAACUGAAAAUGAUAGUCUUGACAGAGCUCGUGAUAGGAUUCAAUCUACAGAACUCAGAACAACAUGAACUUGGGCAACCAAGGAAUGGGAAUUCGUUUAGUUCCCUGCUGUUUUGAAUCUUAAGAGGAGUAGCUAAGGAAGGUAUUAACUCAUUACGUACCGUUUUCCGACAUGCAAGGAACAAUAGACAAGUUUAUACAGGAUUGAUUGCCUUCUGAGGAAAACAUUGAGAAUCCAAAUGUUCAAUAGUGUUGAAUUUUCAUGAUAUGUGUUAAUAUUCCCCAAAGAGUGUAUGUAAGUUGAAGAUUAAUUUAGGGGGCGAGACGGGGACGGGGACGGGGACGGGCAAGCAAAGGACAAGAAGAAAAGAAGAAAGGGUAGGUAGAAUGAUAUAUGAUCUUAUUGACUGUGUUACUACAAGGCUUACCUUGAACUUCUAUUAUUGUUUAUAACAAUCAGAAAAAAUCAACUUCAGGCCAUUGUGAUGAA